AUGGCGAAGCGUUUGAUUCCACUGUUCAAUCGUGUUUUGGUGGAGAAAAUCGUGCCUCCAUCAAAGACCAACGCUGGCAUUUUAUUACCGGAGAAAUCCUCCAAGCUGAAUUCCGGAAAAGUUAUUGCUGUUGGACCUGGCAUUCACAGUAAGGAUGGGAAGCUAAUUCCAGUGGCUGUUAACGAAGGCGAUACUGUUCUUUUGCCAGAGUAUGGGGGAACUGAGGUGAAGCUUGACAACAAAGAGUAUCAUUUAUAUAGAGACGAUGAUAUUUUGGGGACACUGCACGAUUGA